GUUCAAUAUGAUCGGAAGGAUCUGUACUAGGAAUUUUAGUAGCAAGGCAGGCAAGAAAGUUGGAUUCAUGGGUCUGGGAAAUAUGGGAUUCUCAAUGAUGAGGAAUUGUAUGAGCCAUGGAUAUGAGAUCACUGCUUAUGAUGUGGAUAAUAAGGUGAUGGAAAAAGCAGAGGAAUUAGGAGCCAAAAUUGCACCUGAUGUCAAGGCUGCAGCCACUGAUCAAGAUUUUUGCCUCACUAUGCUCCCUAAUACAGAUAUUGUUGAGCAAACUAGGCUAGGAAGUAAUGGAAUCUUUGAAAAUGCAAGGGAAGGUUCAUACAUUAUUGAUUCAAGUACAAUUUCUCCAAUUGCUUCUAGGAAAAUGGCAGAAGAAGGAGAAAAGCUAGGAUUUAAGAUAGCAGACGCACCUGUCUCAGGUGGAGUUACUGGAGCUGCUGCUGGAACUCUCACGUUCAUGGUUGGAUGUAAGAAAGAUUACUAUGAAGAGAUUGAAGUUUUCCUUAAAUCAAUGGGAUCAAAUAUCUUUCACUGUGGAGCUCCAGGAACUGGACAGACUAGUAAGAUUUGCAAUAAUUUAAUGCUCGCCAUUGAAAUGAUCGCUGUCUCAGAAGGUAUCGCAUUGGGAGAGAAAUUAGGAAUUGAUCCUGCUGUUCUCUCAAAGAUCUGUAGCACUUCAACAUCAAGCUGUUGGUCCCUGAAUAGCUACAAUCCAAGACCAGGAAUCUUGGAAGGAGUUCCAUCUUCCAACAAUUACGAGGGAGGUUUUGGAGUAUCUUUGGUUAAGAAAGAUCUCAGCAUUGUCCUUGACUCUGCUGCUGAAGUGAAUCUUGACCUUCAGUUUGGUACAAAGGCAAUUGAGUUCUAUCAUGAGCUUGAAAGACAAGGUAAAGGCAAAAAAGACUUUGGUGUAGUUUAUCAAUACAUUAAAUCUUUGGAAAAGAAAUAGGCAUUAAGAAGGGCUAAGAUUCUUUAAGAUUUGCUUAUCAAAAUAUUC